CCGCGGCCUUGUGGUGUUCUUGCGCGCUAGAGGAGGGCGGCGGCACGGCGCGGGUUGCGUGGAGGGGCAUCGGGCGGCGCGCAGGGCGCGGGCCUGCGAUCCAGGUGUCGGAGCUGGAAAUCUGGGGGCUAGGGUUGAUUCUGUAGCUCAAGGGUCUCGUUGGAUGCCCCAGCGAUGUCUGAUUGCCGCCACGGAUCGCCGCUGCCGCCUCUUCCUCUAGGCCGAUUGAAAUCCCGCAGCGGCGGCUCACUCCGCUGGAGCUCGUGUCCUCCCUUUUUGUAACAGCGUAGAUGUGCUGCGUCAUGGAGGUGGAAUCAGGGGCCAACGCCGCCGAUGCCGACGAUUCCGAGUUUGUCGAGGUCGAUCCCACUGGGCGCUAUGGCCGGUAUAACGAAGUCCUGGGUCGUGGAGCCUUCAAGACAGUUUACAAGGCUUUCGACGAGGUGGAUGGUAUCGAGGUUGCCUGGAACCAGGUGAAUGUCCAGGAUGUUUUGGGAAGACCCGAGGACCUUGAGCGGCUCUACUCGGAGGUUCACUUGCUGAGGGGCUUGAAACACAAGAACGUGAUCAAGUUCUUCACGUCAUGGGUGGAUCCACGGACCAAGAAUGUGAACUUCAUCACCGAGAUUUUCACCUCCGGCACACUGCGACAGUACCGCAAGAAGCACAAGAAUGUUGACAUGAAAGCGGUCAAGAAUUGGGCUAGGCAAAUCCUUCGUGGGCUGCUGUACUUGCACAGCCACGAUCCUCCCAUUAUUCAUCGCGAUCUAAAGUGUGACAAUAUCUUUGUAAAUGGGAACCAGGGAGAAGUCAAGAUUGGAGACCUCGGCCUGGCGACAAUUCUUCGUCAGGCUCAUGCUGCGCACAGUGUGAUUGGUGUGCAUUUUAUUCUCUCUCUCUCUCUCUCUCUGUCUCCUUUAUUCUCUUUUCUGAUCAAAGCGGUGCAUUUUCCAGGUACUCCGGAGUUCAUGGCACCGGAGCUUUACGAGGAGGACUACAAUGAACUUGUUGACAUCUACGCUUUUGGCAUGUGCGUGCUGGAGCUCGUUACUUUCGAUUACCCUUACAGCGAGUGUACAAAUGCGGCACAGAUUUACAAAAAAGUGUCGUCGGGAAUAAAGCCUGCCGCCCUUGACAAGGUCAAGGAUCCAGAGGUCAGAAGCUUCAUUCAAAAGUGCCUCGCCACAGCAUCCAAAAGGCUACCUGCACGAGAGCUACUGAAGGAUCCAUUCCUUCAGUGUGAAAGCGAUCGGGACGGCGUAGCAGAUUCCUUGCCAAGUCUUAACAAAGAUCGGGUCAACGACAUGGAAGAACUAGUGAAGCCGAAUGAAAAGAUUAAGGCACACGGCAGCUUCGACAGUUGCCGCUCACAGGAAACAGAUAAUGACGACAUAUCUAGAAAGCCUUCUACGAACCCGUACUCGGAAUUCAAGGAUGACACGCAGAAAAGCAAGGACUUCAAGGUGAAGGGAAAGUUGAGACAGGACAACAUAUUCUUGCGGCUACGAAUAUCAGAGCAAGGUCAUGUGCGAAACAUCCAUUUUGCUUUCGACUUGGAAGCUGAUACCGCCUUCAGCGUUGCCAGUGAAAUGGUAACCGAGUUGGACCUGUCAGACCAAGACGUAGCCACAAUCGCAGAGAUGAUUGACGCGGAGAUAUUGUCCCUGGUUCCGGACUGGAAGCCUGGCGGCGCAUUUGAUGCGGACGACGAGAAGGGUGUUGAAGAUACAGGUCCAGUUGCCGAGGCGGAAGAGCUAAACGCCACAGAGAUGCAUAGCACUGACUCGACGCAUGGGGAAGGGAUGAUGUUUGGACGCUUUGAGGAGGUUUCGGUGGGCUGCCUAUCGACCGAUACCGAUUCGGAGCCCGAGCCCACCACCGGGCUCGACAACAACAGCCAUUUCAGCCCCGCAGAAGAAGAGUAUCCGGAGCUGGUUUCUUCGUCGACUAGCAAGCAGGACAUGGUGGCAAAGUGGAUCAACAGCACGUCGGGUACGUUUCACGAGGGCCUGAAGCACGGUGAGGUGCUAAACCCGGAGCAACGGGAGCAGCAACACCAGGUUUUGGCGAGCGAGCAGCAGCAGCAGCAGGAGCAACUGCUCAAGGCGGAGAGAGAGGACGUGACUGACAUGCACACGAGCUCGGUUGGGGAUUCGGUCUCGGAGGCUACGGUGUCCGAGGUGUCGGGGGCGAAGCUGGAGGAUGGCUUCGACAACACGUCCGUUGUAGGUGGUCCGCGAGAGCGAGAGUGUGUCCCGGGCGAGCUAUGCGAGAUAUCGGUGAAUCGCAUGGACUGCGCGGUGGUGGAAGCGGCGACGCCGCAGCCGGGCACAGGUUUGUACAGGUAUUCGCCCAAAGCGCCGGAAACUGAUAACGACAUUCUCAAGAAGGAGAGGCUGCAGAGGUCGAUUGCGGAAUUGGAAGCAAGGACGCUCGAGGGGCUCUCGAAGAAGAAUGGAUACUUUGCUGGCCUGGUGAAGAAGGCGGGAGUGUAGGCUCUCCCUCGGUGGUUCUUUUUUCCCUCUAGAACUAAUAUCUCUUUGCCAGGCCGAGGCAGGAAAGAAGAGUUUUUAUAAUUUUUUUAUUUUUUUUUGUUUUUGUUUUUGCUCGCGUGUUUGAGUAAGUUGCCCAUGAGUGCUAAGAUGUAAAUAGCCAAGCGUGGUGCAAGGGAGAGAUCUCGAUUGAUUUCAUGAAUAAGUUGUAGGACUGAAGGUGGUGGAAAUUGGAUACAAGGGUUCAUUGACUCUGAUUUCUAGUCUUGUAGCUUGAGCUAAAAUCUCAAGUUGACAGGUUUGUGGCAUUUGAACAUGGGAUUUGAAAUUUGCA